GGGAAGAUAACAAUGGAAGAAAUCUUUUCCCGAUUAAAACAGCUGACGCCUGAUGAGCUGAGGGAAGAGAUUGUCAAAGCUGGCCUGAAGUGUGGGCCCAUUACCCUGACCACCAGAUCAAUUUUUGAAAAAAGAUUGGCCCAGUCCAUAUUGGAACAGCAGAGAGCACUCGAGGCAACGGCAGCUCCCGUUUUGAACGGUGUUCCUGGAACCGCUGCAGCUGAUGGUAGCCAGCCAGACGUCAAAAAAAGGAACGGUCACCUUGGCUCUCCUGAGGAUGGAGAUUUUGGAUACAGCAUGGGUCUGAACCCUCCUGAGGAGGAAGCCCUGAUGGGUGAGGCUAAUGGCUCUCCCAUUCGUUCCCAGAUUCCCUCCAAAGAGCCUGCGCUAUACUAUGGCGUGUGCCCAGUGUAUGACGACAUUCUGGCCAGAAACGAAAGGGUACAUGUGUAUGAGGAUAAAAAGGAAGCUUUGCAAGCUGUUAAAAUGAUCAAAGGGUCACGGUUUAAAGCUUUCUCAAACAGGGAAGAUGCCGAGAAAUUUGCCAGAGGCAUAUGUGAUUAUUUUCCUUCCCCAAACAAGUCCUCCAUCUCUCUGUCUCCUGUGAAAAUCUGUUCAGUCUUCAAUAGAGAUGGUUUGUGCUCUCCUGAGUUGGAAAGCGUCAGUAAAGAAAGAGCCAACACUUACAAAAGCCCUCGUACCCAGGAUCUUACUGCAAAACUCCGGAAGGCUGUUGAAAAAGGAGAUGAAAGUACUUUCCUAGAACUCAUCUGGAGUAAUCCCCGCUAUCUCAUUGGCUCUGGAGACAAUCCGACCAUUGUGCAGGAGGGGUGUAGAUACAACGUCAUGCAUGUUGUGGCUAAAGAGAAUCAGCCUGGCAUUUGCCGUUUGCUGCUGGACACUCUGGAAAACCCUGAAUUUAUGCGGCUGAUGUAUCCUGAUGAUGACGCAAUCAUGUUGCAGAAGCGCAUCAGUUACAUAGUGGACCUUUAUCUGAAUACGCCGGAUAAAAUAGGUUUUGAUACGCCGCUGCAUUUUGCUUGCAAAUUUGGGAAUCCAGAUGUGGUCAGCAUUCUUGCUUCCCACCCAGGCACUGUAAAGAAUCCAAAAAAUAAAUACGAUCAAACUCCAGCCGAGGUUGUCUGUGAAAGGAGCAAAAACAAAUCGGCAGAUCUGAAAACGAAAAUUAGGGAACACUUGGAAGGCCAGUGUUACGUGCCCCUCUUCAGGGCAGAAGACAAUGCCUCUGCGCCCGUGAUUGGAGCCCCUUGGUCACCGGAUCAAACAGACAGCAGCCCGCUCGCUCCUUUGCCUAGACGUAUUGGCAGCCCCAAAGAUCCCAUGCUGGCCGUGAGGGCUUACGCAGGACCGGUGAGCCCUUCCAAGGCUGAAGAUUUCCGCAGGCUUUGGAAGACUCCCCCUCGAGAGAGGGCGGGAUAUUUUUACCAUCUCAGAAAAUCUGAUCUGGAAAGAGGGGUUGAAAGAGUUGGAAGGGAGUUAGCUCAUGAACUGGGGUUCCCGUGGGUUGAAUACUGGGAAUUUCUGGGCUGUUUUGUUGAUCUGUCUUCCCAGGAGGGGUUAGAACAGCUAGAAGAAUAUCUGAGUCAACGGGACAUGAGCAAUAAUGCUCAGCUAGACACAGGAGAAAAUGAAGCCCACAACAGAUACAAACCUCCACAGUCUUCUGGUAAAAGUAAAAACUGUAAUUCUGUCUCUGUUGGGGCAUUUCUUGAUGAUGACGAUAUGAGUUUGGAAGAAGUAAAAAACAGACAAAACGCUGCCAGAAAUUACAGCCACGUCAUAGCACCUAACGAACCGACUAUCAGCAGCUUUGGAGGCUCGGAGUGCAACAUUCUGUCCAUUGAACAUACCGGGGAUGUAAUGCCAAGGACAAAAACCUCCAGCGGGCCGUCAGAAAAAGGGGAUCCUGUCAGUAAAAAUGGAUUUUGUAGCCCUGCAGCUCGUGAUGAUAGGACAGGAAACCAUCAUAGGAGGCAUCCAAGCCACGAGGAAUGCUUUCAGUCUCCUGUUGCCAAUUUAAUGGAACAAUUUGGUCAAGUUUCUUGUCAGGAUCAGGCCACGGUGAGGGGAUGCUCACCAGGGAAGCCCAGCCAGAGGGCAGCAAAAACCCAGAAAGGCCAAGAGCAGCAGCCUAAAACGCGUUCCUUGCUUUCCAAGGCUGGUGCAACUGCUAGGAAGAACGAGGAUAUCAGAAACAGAACCGAAGGAGAAUCCGCACCAGAGGCAGAGGGGCCCUCUGCGGAAACCGAGCUCGGGGCUGGGGGGAGAGAGCAGCCGGGCGCUUCCGAAUCGCAGCCCGAGACGUCCGUGCCUGGUUUUCUGAAGACGCCACCCUCAAACGGAGAGACCGAGCAGCUGUUCCUUUUAGGGGAUCAGCCGUCAAAAUGGGACAACGACGUGUUAGCCGCGUUGCAUGGGGUGGAGAUCGAUGCCCAAAGGUACCCCGCUGUUUACAAGUGGAACAAGUCUGUGCAGGGAUACCCUUCUUCUGAACGGCAAAGAUGGUCGAGUCCUUCGCUCAAAGGAAUAGCCAAGCCUCAAGCCGCCACCCCGAGCCCAGCAAGAGGUCCGCCAUACCUUCCCCCAGGAAAGAACAGCCCGGGGAAGUACAACGCAGGGGCUGCUGGCUUCUCCCCGGAUUUAGGGAGCCCGGGACGGUACACCCCAGCAUAUGUCAACUACAUUCUUUUGUCCAAAAGGCCACAUUUCUCAGGACUGCCUAACCAUUAGUGUUGAAGUGAAGGAAAUUUUGGAUUCUUGAAACACUGACAGGAUGGUUUCCCCGACCAUUUUUAUUUAUUUAUUCCUGGAAGAGGGGGCUGCUGGCAGAGAAUUAUUUUAAUUCCAUUUACCGGACAGUGUCUUGCGGGUUAGUAAGUCACACCUGAAAAGGAAUCCUAAAUCUAUAGUAUAGUGAUCAUGGAUUGAAGUGGCCUUUUUGGACUCAUUCCCUGAGGUCCAGUCUGCCUGUAAUGCUCCCUCUCGUUGGGAUCCUCUUGGCUGUAGCACCUGUAGCAUAAAGAGAAAUCAGUUGUUGUAACCAGUCUUCCAGUUGGGCUGAGAGAGGAAUAAGUAACUUUUCCCCCAAUGGAUACGGAGUGCAGAUUUGCGACAUCAUCUAAUUAGAAGGAUUGUUAAAAAGCAUAAGGGAACAUGCUGUGGCCUGCGCUGAACCUUUAAGAAAAGCCGAUGAAAGAUAUAAAUAACACAACUGAACUAUUUCUCCCCGUUUGCCCUUCUUUGUUUCUGGUCUCGGGCAGGCUUUGCAGCUCCCCUCAGAAAAGCAGUGAUAAAGCCAUUGCUGGCUUUUCCUUUUAACAGUUAAGUUCAUCAUUGCGCACCGUGGGAGCAAAUAGCCUUGAUGUUAACUCUGUGUUUGGUGAAACUGCUAGAACAGAUAACAGCUUUCCCACUGCUACUUUAAAUCCCAGGCCAUUCAAUGACCACUAAUUUCUGAGUUUCCAACAUUUUAGAAUAAACCUGCCCAAGCCCACAUUCCUAAUGUUUAUAUUCACCGCAAGCCAUUUCCUAGUAGCCGAGUUCCCUACUGCAAAUGUCUGUCCUUGUGGAAUUGGAGAUAACCUCUGUAGAAGGGAAGGAAAACAGAUACAUGCAAAAUGGGAGAUUCUGUUAAUCGUAGGGAUUAAAGAGAAUGGUGGGGAGGGGUUAUUUACUGCACACUAGCUUGAAAUAAUCACAGCAUUAGGAAUGGUACCAGUGGUUUCCUUACCCAUGCGCAACCAACAUUUUAUAUACUACUUGAUGUUUUUGGUACUAAAACUUCAGAACUGCACUCAAGACUCUUCCAGUUUUAUUAGUGCCUUUUGUAACUUUUAUGUUUGGUAUUCCAGUCUUGCUAUUAAAUUAGUAACAUUCCCAUAUAUAUAUUAAACAUAUUUUAGCUUUCUGCUUUUGGAGUUUUUAAAGGUAUCAUUUACAGUUUAAAAGAUUCCAAGAGGUACUGUAACCAUCUAUUUUAUAUAUGUAAUAUAAGUGUCUUAUGCAUAAAUAACAAAUAUUCCCAGUUAAAGCCAAGCCUAUUACAAAUUAAUGUGAGGAUCAUUUGGAUAGAAACACAACCAGCUUUGGGGGCAGCUCCCUUGAGUCACCUUGCGUUUGCUAUCUGUAUCAUUCUCCAGAAAGUAUAAAAUCUGUCCAGGUUGUGCUGAUGCCUCAAAGCUACUUUUCCAUAGGCCCUAAGGACUGUGGUGGGGUUGCGGUAUUAGGGGGGAAAAAUGGAAUGCACCAGAGUUCUGUAGUGCAAUGUUGAGAUAAAGUCAGUUUCUAGAAAUCCUUUAGUGUACUAUGGUUUCUGAAAUUCAGCCUUCAUGUUCAAGGUGCUCUACGCGCAUUACACCUUGUGUACUUAAUGGUACAGAGCCAGAUAGGGCUAUUCUAAGCAGUCACCGGUCUUGUGUAAAGCUUACUCUGCAGUACAAAGGAAAGCAUUCCUGCUUAGCCACUGCAAAGUGUUAAAACCAUAAGCAACUGACCGGUUUCCUUUGCUUUGUUAAUACUUUUUUACUUAAGGGCGUUUCUGGAGCACAAGCGUUAACACUUUUGUUGAGAUGUUUGAAGAAAAGUCAAAGAAUUGGUGUGGAAAAUACUGUCUAAAACGGACUUGUGUAUUUUUAUUUUUGGGGGUCAAUGUCUUAAUGUGAAUUUUAAACAAGCUUAUUAAAUUUGUUUAUUUAAA